GCAGUGGUGCCAGCGUCAUGUCCGGCAGUCACAGACUUUGUGUGCCAGAGCGGUGAUUGCAUCGAGUCCCACCUGGUGUGUGACAGCAAGGCCGACUGUGCAGACGAGUCAGAUGAGGUAGACUGUGGUAAGUAGAGCUGGGGAGUACUUAGCUCUGGUCCAGGGCGUUACGUGUGGCUUGCUGAUGGCUCAGCAUCAGCACACCACUACAAGCCGUAGGUAACACCCUGGACCAGAGCUAGGGAGUACUGAACUAUACAAUAGAGAGCUAUUAAGGAGUCAUCUGCAACUUUGCUAUUUCUUUGCCCUCUCUCUCGCUCUCUCGCUCUCUCGCUCUCCCUCCCUCUUCCCAAUCUCUCUCUCUCUCCCAGGCCACAUAGUAGGCCUACCAGGUGCCUGUAACUUUGACAUGUCCAAGGACAUGUGGGAGGAGACCUGCCAGCUGACUCAGGACCCUGACGAUGACCUUGACUGGAGGAUUGGUCAGAGGAGCGACACCCCAGGAACUGGACCCCCCUCUGACCACAGCCCAGGUCAGUCCUGCCCUCCUAGGACCUUGAGAUUUUACUGACCACACUCAAAAAAAUGCUGGGUUAAAUUCAACCCAAUUUGGGUUAUUUGGUAACCCAUUGCUGGGUAAAUAUUGAACACACAUGCUGGGCUAUUUUGACCCAGCCAGUUGGGUUGCGUGAAUAACCCAACAUGUUGGGUUGUUGGGAUUACCCAAACAUAGGUUAAUUUAACCAUCAAUUGAGUUAUAUCACUUUCAUGCUGGGCUGACCCAGCAGCUGGGUCUGUUUUUAUUUGAUCCAUAAGUUAUUUCCAGGAGGCGUGGCUUAUUAGGGUGUGGCUUUCAGAUAGAUAUUUUUUGCCACCCGUGAGAGUAAAUGUCAUUCUUGUUCACCAUGUUAAGUUGAUACAGUGCAAAUUUCUAUUUUCAUUAAGUAAUUUUUAUAUCUUAUAUAUUCUGUUAUAUUAAUAACAUAAUUAUUUACAUAUUGUAACAAAGUGGUAAAUAUCCCAACAUUGGGAUUGCAUUGGCUUUUAAGGAACAUUACAGCUACAAAACUGUCAGUGUUCAACCUUAACAUAUGUUAACAAUAUAACAGAACAGAUGAAAGCCACACCACUACUAAACCACGCCUCCAGUUUUCUGAUCUGAACAGCUGGGUCAUAUUUCAAUAACCCAGCAUUAACAACCCAACCUUGCUCUUUUUAUAGAAAACAACCCAACUAAGUGACCCAAUGCAUGCAACCCAGCAGUUGGGUCAUUAAUACAACCCAGCAUUUUUUUGAGUGCACAUGGUCUGAACAGGUAGAAUAGGAUAUAACUUGAGUUGUUCCGGACCAAAUGACCUGAAGAGGACAAAUAGGCUGUAACUAACAGAUCACAUGUCCAGGGAAAACUCUGGGUUCUAUACCACUACAGUAAUGGGAUGCGACCCAAAUUGCACCCUAUUCCCUAUACAGUGCUCUACUUUUGACAAGGGCCCUAUGUUCCCUGGUCAAAGUAGUGCACUACAAAAGGGAAUAGGGUGCUAUUUGGGACACACCCAUGGAGUAUCAUUCUGCCUGUGUGCCUGAGUUCAGGGAGUCCAUUACUUAUUAGUUCUGUAUACCACACAGAAUGCAAACUUCUGUGGCGGAUUUAAGAUGCUCCCAAAGCAUUGAAGCAGAUUGACAAUGUUCCUGUGGCAAUGAGAGGAUUUCCGCAGAGGAAAUUCAGGCAUUCUUCCCUUUAUUGGGAAUCUUAAGGGGUAUUUACAGCUGUUUGGUUUGUGUGCUGUUAAAAAAACACGGCUGCCCAGGCUAGUGUUAGCCUGGAAGAGUGUGUGUGUGUCUGUGUGUGUGUGUGUGUGACUUUCUAUCCCUGUCUGUGUGUGUUUAUGUGUGCUGGGUCACACACACCAAAGUAGAAAGCGGAUCUUUACACCAUCAUAUGAUGCAUUAUGUCACAACAAGUUGACCCAUGAACUUUACAAGGACAAUCGUUGUUAUAGUGGAACAAUCGUUGUUAUAGUGGAACACAUUCAUCCAGAAUUUAUAGCAUAUUGUGUCCACACACUAUUCCCUUAGGGUUCUGGUCAAAGGUUGUGCAAUAUAUAGGGAAUAGUGUGUGGACACAAUAUGCUAUACAUUCUGGAUUAAUGUGUUCCACUAUAACAACGAUUGUCGGUUGCCAUUUCGGACAUAGCCCAUUGUGACUGACCACCCAACUCAUUGAUCGUGGAGAUGAAUGUGGACACCAGGCUCUGUGGCACAGGCUGACCUUAUGAUCUCACUGGGGAGGCAGAUCAAUGGGCCUAGCCAGCCAUAUCACAUACACACAGUCAGGCAACACACACGCAAGCACACACACACACACGCACACACACACACACACGCACGCACGCACUGCUUAGAUACUCUACAAUAGAGAAUAGAGAGAAUACAGAACAUCCCACAAAGAGAAUGGGUAGUGGACCUCUCUGAGUUGCAAAAUCAGAAUGAUAGGGGUGGACAGGACAUUCAUCCCCUAAUCAUGCAUUAGCUGAUUUACUGUUGCACAUAAAAGCUGAUUAAAAGUUUAGAAGACAAUAAAAACCAGAACACAGCUCUUUCCUAGAAUGGAGACAGAAAUGAGGAAUAAAGGACUUUGAAGAUUCCAGAAGAUUCUCCAGGGAGAUAGAGUAUUCCGGGUGGGAAUAUUGUGGUGUGGGACUCACCACGCAUUGAGACGACCCCAAAUCCCCUCUAGCUCAUGUGGAAAACUCCCACUUAGUUCUGGCGUCGCCUCAGUGGCCUCUCAGUCUAAGAGACUAAAGAGGAGCAGAGCAGAAGAAUCCUCUCAGCACCACAUGGCUGCAGGGAACAGGAUUUUAGACAGUAACCCUGUCUUCACAAAAUGUUCUUUGACUUCCUUCUUCCAGUUGUUUUGGGUGGUCCGAUACUGUUCACAUUUAGGGCAGAGAGUUGUCAUGUCACUUUAUCAGGAAAUAUUCUGGGUCUAAGUUUGAACCUAUAAGCAAAGUUAGUCUCCAACACAUUUUAUUUGACUCACUACUGGAGAAAUGACUAGAGACUUAUGUGGUUUCAUAUUUCUCUCCAUGAUCCACAGGUGGAGAAGGGAAGUUUCUGUAUGUGCACUCUGCCACAGAGAGAGAAGGUGACAUCGCCAAGGUUACGACGCGGAACUCAUUCCCAGCAAGUAUUGGCCUAUGUCACCUUCGAUUCUGGUUCUACAUGCAUGGAUCAGACAGGAUGGGGACGUUAAAGGUAGGAGGAAAGCUUAAAGGUAGUUCAGUAUUUUACUUAGAUGGUUCCCCCAUCACUUCCAUUGAUAUGUAGCUAGCUGUUUUAGGAAAACUGAACCAUGGACUACAGAUUCUCCUUGCCUAUAGCCUACUUUCAGGCUGAGGAACCAUCUAACAUUAAGUAGUAAAAUCCUGAACUUCCCUUUUAAGUCAUGCCCUAAUAAAUAAUUUUGAUGUAAUAUUUGUUCUGUCUUUUCUAGUGGAUUAAACUGAAGUUCGUUGCAAUUAAAGUUUAAUCCACCAGAAAAUAAAGUACAAAUAUUACAACAAAUAUUUUGGUUAAACUCAAAUAUACUAAUUGAUAAAAAAACAAUAUUUUUGGAAAAAAUGUUUUUAAAUGGUAUCUUUGUAAAUUAUAUCAUAAAUAGGACUGGUGGAGUUAUGUCACACAUGCAGCUAACAAAAAUAUAUGGAAAUGUCUGCUCUACUCAAAAUUACAACCAACUAAUUGCAGCAUUACCACAAAAAUGGAAGAGGAAGUCGAAAGGGGAGAAUGUUAUGAAAAUGUCUGUCGGCCCUGUAUUAAAAAUCAAAAUUGGUUAAAGAAAAUUGUGACAAAUAAAAAAGUAUACCACAUUCAUUUAAGGACCAAAAAAUUGACAGCUGUGCCAUAUAGAUUACAAAAUAGUUGAGAAGAGAUUUUCGAUAUACCGAUUCCAUGGCACAUGGUUUAUGAACUGAUACACAAAACGACGCUGGAUUCAAAACAUUAUACAAAAUUCUUGCAACCAAAAGAAUGUUAUAUAUAUGGGGGAUACAACCAUCCCAGCUCUGCAGAUUUUGUUUGCGAAGAGACAGAAUCAUUAGAUAAUUUAUUUUGGUACUGUCCUAAUACAGUGCAUUCGGAAAGUAUUCAGGCCCCUUUACUUUUUCCUCAUUUUGUUACGUUACUGCCUUAUUCUAAAAUGGAUUAAAUAAUCUACACACAAUACCCCAUAAUUACAAAGCAAAAACAGGUUUUUAGAAAUGUUAGCAAAUGUAUUACAAAUAAAUAACUGAAAUAUCACAUUUACAUAAGUAUUCAGACCCUUUACUCAGUACUUUGUUGAAGCACCAUUGUCAGCGAUUACAGCCUCGAGCCUUCUUGGGUAUGACGCUACAAGCUUGCCACACCUGUAUUUGGGGAGUUUCUCCCAUUCUUCUCUGCAGAUCCUCUCAAGCUCUGUCAGGUUGGAUGGGGAGUGUCGCUGCACAGCUAUUUUCAGGUCUCUCCAGAGAUGUUCGAUUGGGUUCAAGUCCGGGCUCUGGCUGGGCAACUCAAGGACAUUCAGAGACUUGUCCCGAAGCUACUCCUGCGUUGUCUUGGCUGUGUGCUUAGGGUCGUUGUCCUGUUGGAAGGUGUACCUUCGCCCCAGUCUGAGGUCCUGAUCACUCUGGAGCAGGUUUUCAUCAAGGAUCUCUCUGUACUUUGCUCAUUUCAUCUUUCCCUCGAUCCUGACUAGUCUCCCAGUCCCUGCCACUGAAAAACAUCCCCACAGCAUGAUGCUGCCACCACCAUGCUUCACCAUAGGGAUAGUGCCAGGUUUCCUCCAGACGUGACGCUUGGCAUUCAGGCCAAAGAGUUCAAUCUUGGUUUCUACAGACCAGAUAAUCUUGUUUCUCAUGGUUUUAGAGUCCUUUAGGUGCCUUUUGGCAAACUCCAAGCAGGCUGUCGUGCCUUUUACUGAGGAGUGGCUUCUGUCUGGCCACUCUACCAUAAGGCCUGAUUGGUGGAGUGCUGCAGAGAUGGUUGUCCUUCUGGAAGUUUCUCCCAUCUCCUCAGAGGAACUCUGGAGCUCUGUCAGAGUAACCAUCGGGUUCUUGGUCACCUCCCUGACCAAGGCCUUUCUCUCCGAUUGCUCAGUUUGGCUGGAUGGCCAGCUCUAGGAAGAGUCUUUGUGGUUCCAAACUUCUUCCAUUUAAGAAUUGUGGAGGCCAUUGUGUUCUUGGGGACCUUCAAUGUUGCAGAAAUGUUUUGGUACCCUUCCCCAGAUCUGUGCCUCGACACAAUCCUGUCUCAUAGCUCAACGGACAAUUCCUUCGACCUCAUGGCUUGGUUUUUACUUUGACAUGCACUGUCAGCUGUGGGACUUUAUAUAGACAGGUGUGUGCCUUUCCAAAUCAUGUCCAAUCAAUUGAAUUUACCACAGGUGGACUCCAAUCAAGUUGUAGAAAUAUCUCAAGGAUGAUAAAUGGAAACAGGAUGCAGCUGAGCACAAUUUCGAGUCUCAUAGCAAAGGGUCUGAAUACUUAUGUAAAUAAGGUAUUUCUGUUUUUUAUUUCUAAUACAUUUGCAAACAUUUUGAAAAACCUGUUUUCACUUUGUCAUUAUGGGGUAUUAUGUGUAGAUUGAUGAGGGGAAAAAAAUAUUUAAUACAUUUUAGAAUAAGUCUGUAACGUAACAAAAUGUGGAAAAAGUCAAGGGGUCUGAAUACAUUACCCCAAUGUAGAAAUCAAAACUGGAUGGUGUUCAGAGAUAGAUGGGAGGGGUUGAGUGGAGCUGAAGGGUGGGAUUAAUAAUAACAAGAUAACUAAUGUAAAAUAUACUUUGUCCGUAAAAUGUAUACAGGUUCAGAACUUUUGUGAAACAGCACAGUUGAAAAAUAUAUGGCAAAUAGAAAUCAAAACUGGAUGGUCUUCAGAGAUAGAUGGGAGGGAUUGAGGGUAGAUGAAGGAUGGGACUAAAAACAAACAAAAGAGAAAAAUUGUAAAAUCUACUGUGUCUGUAAAAUGUAUAUAGUAUGUACAGUUGAAGUCGGAAGUUUACAUACACUUAGGUUGGAGUCAUUAAAACUCAUUUUUCAACCACACCACAAAUGUCUUGUUAACAAACUAUAGUUUUGGCAAGUCGGUUAGGACAUCUACUUUGUCCAUGACACAAGUAAUCUUUCCAACAAUUGUUUACAGACAGAUUAUUUCACUUAUAAUUCACUGUAUCACAAUUCCAGUGGGUCAGAAGUUUACAUACACUAAGUUGACUGUGCCUGUGACUGUGCCUUUAAACAGCUUGGAAAAUUCAAAAAAAUUAUGUCAUGGCUUUAGAAGCUUCUGAUAGGCUAAUUGACAUCAUUUGAGUCAACUGGAUGUGAACCUGUGGAUGUAUUUCAAGGCCUUCAAACUCAGUGCCUAUUUGCUUGACAUCAUGGGAAAAUCAAAAGAAAUCAGCCAAGACCUAAAAAAAAAAUGUGUAGACCUCCACAAGUCUGGUUCAUCCUUGGGAGCAAAUUCCAAAAGCCUGAAGGGACCACGUUCAUCUGUACAAACAAUGGUACGCAAGUAUAAACACCAUGGGACUACGCAGCCAUCAUACCGCUCAGGAAGGAGACGCGUUCUGUCUCCUAGAGAUGAACGUACUUUGGUGCGAAAAGUGCAAAUCAAUCCCAGAACAACAGCAAAGGACCUUGUGAAGAUGCUGGAGGAAACGGGUACAAACAUAUCUAUAUCCACAGUAAAACAAGUCCUAUAUCGACAUAGUCUGAAAGGCCGCUCAGCAAGGAAGAAGCCACUGCUCCAAAACCGCCAUAAAAAAGCCAGACUACGGUUUCCAACUGCACAUGGGGACAAAGAUCGUACUUUUUGGAGAAAUGUCCUCUGGUCUGAUGAAACAAAAAUAGAACUGUUUGGCUAUAAUGACCAUCGUUAUGUUUGGAGGAAAAAGGGCAAGACUUGCAAGCCGAAGAACACCAUCCCAACCGUGAAGCACGGGGGUGGCAGCAUCAUGCUGUGGGGGUGCUUUGCUGCAGGAGGGACUGGUGCACUUCACAAAAUAGAUGGCAUCAUGAGGAAGGAAAAUUAUGUGGAUAUAUUGAAGCAACAUCUCAAGACAUCAGUCAGGAAGUUAAAGGUUGGUCGCAAAUGGGUCUUCCAAAUGGACAAUGACCCCAAGCAUUCUUUCAAAGUUGUGGCAAAAUGGCUUAAGGACAACAAAGUCAAGGUAUUGGAGUGGCCAUCACAAAGCCCUGACCUCAAUCCUAUAGACAAUUUGUGGGCAGAACUGAAAAAGUGUGUGGGAGCAAGGAGGCCUACAAACCUGACUCAGUUACACCAGCUCUGUCAGGAGGAAUGGGCCAAAAUUCACCCAACUUAUUGUGGGAAGCUUGUGGAGGGCUACCCAAAACGUUUGACCCAAGUUAAACAACUUAAAGGCAAUGCUACCAAAUACUAAUUGAGUGUAUGUAAACUUCUGACCCACUGGGAAUGUGAUUAAAUAAAUAAAAUCUGAAAUAAAUCAUUCUCUACUAUUAUAAAAUAACGUGGUGAUCCUAACUGACCUAAGACAGGGAAUUUUUACUAGGAUUAAAUGUCAGGAAUUGUGAAAAACUGAGUUUAAAUGUAUUUGGCUAAGGUGUAUGUAAACUUCCGACUUCAACUGUAUAAGCUGGAAGUAGAAGCCGAAGUGCUGUUGUCCAUUAGUUCACUCCAAUUAGGGGAGGGGUGGUAGGGUUAGGGGAAAAUAAUUAAAUAUAUUUUAUAUAUAUAUUUACAAAAAAUAAAUAACUUAACUGGAGUCGUGCAUCCCUGUCCUCCACACUUCGUGGUUGUUACAGUAUGUGUGUGUGUCCCUUGUUAAGCCACAGCUAAGUGACAUUUAUAGUGCUGUAAUCUCGCUGGCGUGUCACUCAGGUCUACACGGUCGGCUCAAGCGGAACCCACCUGCUGAUGUGGGCCACCAGCGGUAACCAUGGCGACCGGUGGUCCUACGCAAGUGUGAUCCUGUCCAACACAGCCCCCUUCAAAGUGACCUUCCAGGCAGAAGUGGGGGGUGACGUGUGGACGGACAUCGCCCUGGAUGACAUCUCCUUUACCACCGAGUGUGUGGUGGGA